AUGACCUCUGCACGCGAGGAAAAGCAGACACCUGAUUUCUCGCCGACAGAACGGCCAACCCAACCUCAUCAUCCCAACUUCCUCUUAGCCUCUUCGCCCCCGGGGCCGUUCAUAUCUCUUGCUCUACCAUCAGUGAAGCGCCCAUCCAAGCCAACCUCGAUCGAGCGAUGGCAGGAAGCGACCGCGUUCCUUCAUUGGCCGGAGAGACCGAAUCUGAAACAGGAAUUAAUUAAGGCGGAUCCCAGUCUUGUGCGUGGCGCUCGCGCGAAUGUGACCCGCCAACUCUCCAACCCUCGAAUCGGACGAUGGACGGUGGCGCUUGGGGGCCAGUCAAGCUCCGCCGAGAAGUUUGGCAGUUGUCACACCAUGCAGUUCUUGCCUCAGGUCUCUCGCGCCAGAGCGCCCCUCGCCGGCGUUGGCGGUUUGCACGGUACAUUCCUCCCUACAGUCCAGACAAAUCCCCCUGGAAUGGGAGCUGUUCAUUCUUCCCGAAUUAUCAGUCUCCACCCCUUCCUGGUCUGA